AUUCUGUGCGCCGCUCCACGGCUCACCGCGGAAACAAGAAGGUCGCACUCGGUUUCACUGUACUGAGUUACAGAAGAUACUGCAACAAUGCUCGGACAAGCUGUUAGGCGAUUUGCAACUUCUGCUGUUCGUUCUGGACAUUACGCGGAAGGACCAGGGAAGAACCUGCCAUUUUCUGUGGAGAACAAGUGGCGUCUGCUGGGCAUGAUGGUGCUGUUCUUUGGCAGUGGCUUUGCAUUCCCCUUUAUUGUUGUCAGACAUCAGAUCCUAAAGAAGUAAAAUGGCCCAGUGUUAUAACUCAGCCUUCAAGACUGUCAGCUGGAACAUAUUUAUCCAUCAGCGUUGUAUUGAUGCAGAAGAAUGGGAAUCACCUAAUUUUCUUUGUAAAUAAAGUCACAUAAAAUAAGAA